GUGCCAGUGCAUUUGCGGUUUAACCCGUUUGUGUUGACGGGUUACAGAGGCGCGUUGGACGCAUGGAGCAGUGUUGCCAGUUUGCUGUACUUGCACAAUGAGACCAUCAACAUCUUGACCCAUUUGUCCCCCUUGCUGUAUGUGAUGAUCAGGGGCAAGUCCCUGGUGCCCUGGGACAAUGUGGAUGUACCCUUGCUGCCUGUUUUCGCGCUGGUCGCCAGCGGAUCUUCUUGGGUCGGCAGUUCACUCUAUCACUUGUUCAUGAAUUACAACCAUGAUCCGAGAUGGUACAAGCGGUUGCUCACCUUCGACAUGAUCGGCAUUUGGGUGACGCAAAGUUUUGGAGCUCUGACAACUGUGACUGCUGCGUGCUAUUGCCUUUCUGCUCUUUGGCGUUUUGUCUGCGUUGCAACUUACGCUUUGCUGUCGCUUUGGGGGCUGAGCAAGGUCCUGGUUGCCAGAGACGCAGUUGAGAGAAGGCUGUCAUUCCUGUUCAUGUUCUUGUUCCGGAUGGGGCUCCUGAUGCUGCGACUGUCUCCUGUGGGUGGAGGUAGUCCGGAUGCAUUGCCUGGGAUAAUCUUGCAGGACGCUGUGCCCUGCAUUGGGGCUGUCAUCUCUGCUACUCAUGUUCCUGAGCGCUGGUUUCCGGGACGUCUGGACUAUGCCUGUAAUUCGCAUAACAUCAUGCAUGUCCUUGUUGUUGCUGGUUUAUUUUUCAUGGUAUCCGCUACUGGAGCGGACUUGCUUUGGAUGUCGACGAAUGAUCCGGGAAAUUGUGCCUGGGCAUGAAGAACUCCGACUGAAAUUCAACGAAAAGUUUCCCUGGUUAUCAUCACGAAGUUGUAUUUUGGCAUUCACACCAAAUACCAGAUUUUGGGUGUUUUUGCGAAACUCGUAUUCAGGUGACUCACGUAUUGGUGCCAGCGCCUACGAAAAUUCUCAAAAAGAAAGGUCAGGGAGUUAUUUCAAAAAUUGAAAGACACUUUGAUCCAAGUUCUCACUAAAAACGGUUCCAUUCCCCCUUUUUUUAAAUUUGAAAAUUGAAAGAAAAGUUGAAUUACUGCAGAAUUUUCAGGGGGUGUUCCAAAAGUUCAAUACAUGCUACUUGUCCUCUCUAGAGUACUCAAAGGGCUAUGAAACAAAUUUCAAUACCCAUCUUUUCCCCAAAAUUUGAGACUUCUUUGAAUUAGAAUAGAAUUUUUGCAGUUUCUUUCUAGAAGAAAAGAUGCAUACUUUCUGAUCACUAUUCAGCGUGAAAACAGUCCAAAGAGGAAUUUCAAGGGUUGCAAUUUAUGCAUUGGAACAAAAGAGUGAAACAAUUUAU